GUUUUGGCCCCAAAAUGAAAUCGCAACCCCAAACGCAACCUCAAAUAAAAUAAAUUUUUAUUUUAUUUUAUCCCCUAUUCCCAUUUCCCACCAUCCCUACAUUCUUCAUCUGCUUCCCGGCCACAAAAAUCUACUUCCUUUGGUUAAAAAGGAAAAGAAUUUCACAAUCCGGUUAAAUUUUAGGUUAUGACUGACUAUCGAUUUGCGUCGACGAUGAAUCUUUGGACGGACGAUAACGCAUCGGUUAUGGAAGCUUUUAUGAGUUCUGAUCUUUCUGCUUUAUGGCAGCCUCCGCCGCAAUCCUCUGCAUCCACUUCCACACCGGCUGUUGUUGCUUCUUCUGCUGCUGCUGCUGCCAGUGGUGCUCCCGACCUUUUGAAGUCCUCUGUGGCUCCCCAAUCUCACCCCUCCGUUGCUCUUUUCAAUCAAGAAACUCUCCAGCAGCGUCUCCAAGCUCUUAUCGAAGGCGCCCACGAGUGUUGGACUUACGCUAUUUUCUGGCAGUCCUCCUACGAUUACUCUGGCCCCGCUGUACUUGGAUGGGGCGAUGGGUAUUACAAGGGCGAAGAAGAUAAAGGGAAAAGGAAGUUGAAAACUUCGUCUGCAGUUGCGGAGCAAGAGCACCGUAAAAAAGUGCUUAGAGAGCUUAACUCUUUGAUUUCCGGUUCCACAGCCCCCACCGAUGAUGCUGUCGACGAAGAAGUCACCGAUACCGAGUGGUUCUUUUUAGUUUCGAUGACGCAGUCUUUCGUCAACGGCGGCGGGCUGCCGGGACAGGCUCUUUUCAAUUCUACUCCGGUUUGGGUUGUUGGGUCGGAGCGAUUAGCUAGUUCGACGUGCGAGCGAGUGAGGCAAGGGCAGGUUUUUGGUUUGCAAACCAUGGUCUGCAUACCGUCUGCAAACGGGGUGGUUGAACUGGGCUCAACAGAACUUAUCACGCAAAGCUCAGGUCUGAUGAAUAAGGUUCGGGUUUUAUUUAAUUUCAAUAACGGAAUUGAAGCUGGUUAUUUGUCUAUGUGUAAUAAUAUUGCUGAUGAAGGCGAAAAUGAUCCAUCUUCGCUUUGGAUCAGUGAUCCAAAUAGCGGGGUCGAAUAUAAGGAAAGCCAUAACAAUAAUCAAAACCAGCAGAUUGAAAAGUCAAUUCAGUUCCAUGACAAUCCGAGUUCCAGUAGUUUAACCGAGAAUCCCAGCUCCAUUCAACAGCGGCAGAGUCAGAACUUCGGCUUGAAUUUCUCCGAUUAUGGUUUUGAUGGGAGUUACAGUGUGAGGAAUGGGAAUUCUUCUCACCUGUUCAAACCAGAAUCCGAGGAGACACUGAAUUUUGGUGAGAGUAAGAGGAGUGGGAAUGUGGUGGAGGAGAAUAAGAAGAAGACAUCCCCCACUUCCAGAGGGAGUCAUGAAGAUGGGAUGCUUUCCUUUUCUUCUGCUGUAGUCUUGCCUUCUUCUGGUAUGAUGAAAUCCAGUGGAGGUGCUGGAGAUUCAGAUAACUCUGAUAUUGAAGCUUCCGUCGUUAAAGAAGCUGAAUGUGUCAAACCUUUGGAGCCUGAAAAGAAGCCUAGGAAACGAGGGAGAAAGCCGGCUAAUGGUAGAGAAGAGCCUCUGAAUCACGUCGAAGCUGAGCGUCAAAGAAGGGAGAAGCUUAACCAGAGGUUUUACGCCUUGCGUGCCGUGGUACCUAACGUGUCCAAGAUGGAUAAAGCAUCACUCCUCGGUGAUGCUAUUUCGUAUAUUAACGAGCUUAGCACAAAGGUACAAGAUGCAGAAUCAGAGAAACAAGAGUUGCAGAAACAAUUAGAAGCAAUGAAGAAAGAGCUGGCAAAGAAAGAUUCAUCCCCACAAAACCCCAAGACAUCGAACCACCUUGGGAAUAGACUGAUAGAAUUGGAAACCGAAGUGAAGGUUAUCGGGUGGGACGCAAUGAUUCGAAUCCAAUGCAAGAGAAAGAACCAUCCGGCAGCAAGGUUAAUGGCUGCUUUAAAGGAAUUAAAUCUUGAUGUGCAGCACGCUAGUGUGACGGUGGUGAAUGACUUGAUGAUCCAACAAGCCACCGUAAAGAUGGGGAACCCAUUUUACACACAGGAGCAGCUCAGGCUAGCUCUAAUAUCCAAAAUCGGAAGUGAGAUAUAGAGCAUGAAGCAGAGCUAUAAUAAGCAAUGGGGAUAGAGAUUGAUCGGAGAUAAAAAGGACUGCAGUUUGAUUGAUAAAAAUGGCUGCAGGGCUCCGGGACAUUUUAAGGCUCCUGGUAGCACACAACACAACCCAACCCAACCCUAGCUCUGUAAAACACUGUUUCAGUUUGUUCUUCGUACUGUUAGAAUAUUUAAUCGGAGGAUCUUAACUGGUUUGUAGGUUGGUUUAGGUGUCAACUGAAAUAGCCCCCUUUUUUUGUGUGUAUUAAAUCUUGGUAUGUGCUGGGAAAUGAAGUAUGCAUGGUACACCUUUUCACUGA